GGGGCUGACAACUCCAGAACGAGAGGUUUGGCAGUGGAAAACGAGAUCGAGAGUAGAUUAAAGCGACUUGAGCAAACAGUCCAGCAGUUGACAGGCUGUGUGAAUCGAGUCCUGCAGACUAUCACUCCUGGAUUACCUCAAACUAAUCCUGAAGUAUCGAGUCCUUCUUGUCACACAAUCACUACAGAAAAUGUUGGCCCCUCACAUUCUUUCUCCUUCCUGGAGGAGGCAUCGGCCAACGUUGAUGCAAUGCGUCAGUCACCGGACAAUACUACUAGCCAAAAAGCGCACUCAGAGCUUCAAUAUCUUUCCGGUAGAUUGACCACCACAGAAAUCGAGCAACAGAGUGAUGGGAAUGCUACCAACUUCUAUAUACCUUCAAAGGCAACUGGCUACCAGCUGAUGGGCAAAUUCUUGGAGUAUAGUGAGCUCGGGGAACCGUUCUUUUCCGUUCCCUCAGACGACGUCUUAAGGCAAGUGAUAUUUGAACCCCACAAAGUGCGAGAAAGGGGAUGGAUCGCCUAUUUCAACUACACGAUGCUUUCCAUUGCCUCCAACGAGAACGGCGAAAACGCCGAGACGAAGAAUUUUCGACGCAAUGUGCAACUCGCGCUGAACAAUAGCAGUAUAUUCAUAGAACCACGUUAUGCAAACGUGCAGGCUCUGUGCUUCCUGGCAAUGCAUGGUGAGGAUUAUGCGGCACCAAAUCUAUCUUGGAUGAUGUUGGGACAUGCGUGCAGGCAGGCCGAAGCUCUAGGAUUACAUUCACCAGCUUACCAGAACGAGGACUCGCGACAACAACGGCUUUGUCUCUUUUGGCUCCUCUUCCUAAUAGACAAAUCGUGCUCCCUCGCGUUUGGCAGACCAGCGUUUCUUCCCACGGCAUUGUAUCAGAACGUUUUGUUGCCAGACCAGUGUUCCUUGCUCAAGUUCAAGCCGCACGAGCGUGCUUGGUUUGGCGAUGGCCAGGCGUCCGCACAUGGCACGCGCUUUGGUGCUGAGAUUGUCACACGUUGUAUUCAGUGGGCAAAGCUCGGGGGUUCAAUUGCAGAUCUUCUCGCAAUGGAUGGCCCGGUAAAUCAAAAGCAAGAGAUUCGAUCAAGCCUCGAGGCUUGGUACUUGGAUACCACUCAGUCCCUCACAACCAUCUUGGAUGUUGAAAGUGCCUCUGCAACUUCCAUCCAAAUCAGAGAAAUGACCUUGGGAAUCAGCACUGUGAAGUUUCAGUACCUACAUUCCCUCAUUCUUCUCCUCAAGGGGGAUGAUUCUUCGUCAAUUCUACGCCUUUCAUCUGCCCGCGAGGCCAUCUCUACGCUAAGCUCCAUGGUAUCAAAUUGGAGCUCUGUAUACAAUGGAUUAGUUUGGCAACUUCUAUAUUGUCCGUUUACCCCUUUUUUUGUGAUCUUCGGAAACAUUAUCCACAGCGAUAACGCCCGGACACCUAUGAUCGAGCAAGACCUGGACCUUUUAUCUGCCACGGUAGACUAUUUCGCGGAAAUGAGAUCACAGAUGCGCUUACUAGCAACGGUAUGCUCGAGGCUGCAGCAUACCGCGUCUGCUUUUCUCCGACUCGCUCAGGUUCAUGUUUCUCGGCAUGCCUUAACCCAGAGUGUUGAAACCCCUGCUAGGCCAGCUCAACCACCACCCAUACAGUCCUCGCACAGCCACGAUCAUCAUCCUGAAGAUUCAAUGGAUCUUGAUUUGGGACAAUUCAAUGUCGCCAGUUAUCUCGAAUGGUUACCGGCAGAUAUGGGCUCCCCAUGGCCUAUCCUUGACUCUAAUCGACCUGAAGUCUCUUCUCGGCCUCGAGAUAAAAGGCCUACUCUAGGAGAUAUGUUUGACUGGUUCUCUUGGGACACCUAUUAUUCGGGAACUGAGACAUUAGGUGGAAUAUAA